AUGUCUCCAGAUAACGAUAUUCAUUCACUAAAGAAGCUCGCAGCUCAGUACGCUCAACAACUCGACCUGACUCAUCUCUCUAUCCCCAAUGCCUCCACCAUCGUCCAUCCCGACAUCCAAUGCGCCAUCUACGAGCAUAUGUUUAACGAGGCCGCAGUAUGGCCCCUCCCACCAGUGGGCUAUCGCACCCGCGUCUUAAAAACGAUCAUUGCACGGAUUGAAGAUGGAAUAACCGAUCCGGAGGAGGAUGAACUAAAUUCCGACCUCAUCGAAUCCUGGACAAAUCUCAUCUCCCUCCCCAAACCCUCUCAAAUCCAGCAAGCCCAACAAUUAACCUACAUCAAAUACACCGCCCCCACCACCUCUCAAGACCCCCAAACAGUGAUCACCUCAGAAUCGCGCGGUCUGAUCUACUCCUCCGGAACCACCGGCUUCCGCACCUGGGAAGCCUCCCUCCACCUCGGAACAUACCUCUCCACACCCACCGGCGCAGCCCAUGUAACCGGGAAACGGGUGAUCGAGCUCGGCGCGGGAACAGGGUUCGUGUCAAUGUAUGCGGCGAAGUACCUGCAGCCGCAAUUUGUGCUUGCAACGGAUCGCGAGGGUACGCUGAUCGAGAAUAUGAAGGAUAGCAAAGCGAGAAAUGGGUUAGGCGGGCAGUUUGGGGUCGGAGCUUGGGAAUGGGGAACGCCGUUGGGGUAUCCGACUGAAGAUGAUACUGAGGGUAUAGCAAGGGAAGAUCUGUUUUUUGAUGUUGCGCUUGGAGCGGAUUUGGUACGUUAUGUCUUGUUAUUCAAGCUAUUUGGUGUUCUUCGUUCGACGGGGUUAAUGGAAAGUAGACCUAUGACACAGACUUACUUCCUCUGCUGUUCGCUACCCUUCAUGACCUUUUUGAUAACUACCGGGUCCAAGAGUUUAUUCUCUCGGCUACAUUACGGAACCAGAAGACCUUCCAGGCGUUCCUGGACGCUUGUGUCCUGCUUUGGUGCCGGGUUAUGGAAUUGA